AAUCACAGGUGGGUAUGGGCGUGGCCUGAUUGAGCGUGUUCCGUGUGGAAAGUUCGCCGGUCCGGGUGCAAAGUUUCAGCCGUCUGCAGACGGGAGACAGAAGACUAGCACCAUAACCGGCUCACAGAGUCGCCUCCCGUAUUCCGGCCUGAACGAGCUCAGUUAUGAGAUAUUAACCCGAAGCGGAAUCGUGUUCGUUUACAUCUUUGUUCGUCUCGCGGCGGAGUCAUGGCCUGCGCGCCGAACCGGGUCCGCCUGCUCUGCAUGCUGUCGCUCACCUUCGGCUUUUUCAUCGUGGAGGUGGUGGUGAGCCGGGUCACGUCUUCUCUAGCGAUGCUGUCGGACUCCUUUCAUAUGCUGUCGGACGUGAUCGCGCUGGUCGUGGCUCUGGUGGCGGUGCGUUUCGCGGAGAAGACCCAGUCCACCAACAAAAACACGUUCGGCUGGAUCCGGGCCGAGGUGAUGGGCGCGCUGGUCAACGCCGUGUUCCUCACCGCGCUCUGCUUCACCAUCAUCCUGGAGGCCAUCGAGCGCUUCACGGAGCCCCAUGAGAUCGAGAAGCCCGAGGUGGUGAUCGGGGUGGGCGCUGCGGGGCUGCUGGUCAACCUGUUCGGGCUCUGUCUCUUUCAUGGGCACGCCGGAGGCGGCGGACACGGCCAUUCCCACGGAGGACACGGCCACAGCCACGGGGGACACAAAAAGCACAAGAACGGGAAGGUGCGCCGGAGUGAGACGCUGGAGGACAGUCGGUGCGCGGGAGAGGAGACCAAUAAUCUGGUCUCGAAUCAGAACAACAGCCCUAAUGGCGUUAAUCCGGACAGGAGCAGAUCCGGUACAUCGGAGAUGUGUACCAGUGACAGCCUGGAUUUGCAGAUUAACGGCAGCGCCCCGUACGAAGAGCUCGAGAAUGGACACGACUCGGCGUCCCAGCUCAACAUGCGGGGUGUUUUCCUGCACGUGCUGGGCGACGCUCUCGGCUCAGUUAUUGUGGUAAUCAACGCCAUCAUCUUCAUACUGGUAUGGAAUCCAUGCAAGCCGGGCGAAAUGUGUGAGAACCCUUGUGUGGGCCAGCAUUGCGCAGACCAUUCACUCAAUAGCAGCGGUGCAUUUACUAACGGCACCAAAAUAGCAGGACCCUGUUGGGUGCUGUAUCUUGACCCCACGCUCUGCAUCAUUAUGGUCUGUAUCCUCCUCUACACCACAUACCCGUUGUUGAAGGAGUCUGCACUCAUCCUGCUACAGACCGUGCCCAAGCAAAUCGACAUGCAUCAGCUCAACUCUCGCCUGCGGGAACUGGAGGGCGUGUUGGCGGUGCACGAGCUGCACAUCUGGCAGCUGGCGGGCAGUCGCAUAAUCGCCUCCGCGCACAUCAAAUGCCACGACCCCACAUCCUACAUGGAUGUAGCCAAGCGCAUCAAGGACUUUUUCCAUGAUGAGGGCAUCCACGCUACAACCAUCCAACCGGAAUUCGUAACCAUGAACUCUGAUUCUCGCACGUCGCUCUGCGAGCUCUCCUGUAGAACGCAGUGUGCACCAAAGCUCUGCUGUGGCGCCGUCGAUUCCGCAAAGCCUCCCGAUGGAGCGGUAGAUGCAAAGAAAUCAUGCGAAGCCAAAACCCCAACUGUAACCAGUGCUUCUGCUACAUCUCUGGAGAUCAUCAGCGAGUCUGUGGAGGAAACGAGCAAGCCAGAAUCCAUUGUGAUCAUGACUAGGGAGGUGGAAUCGUCAUUGUGAGCGAGAAGCAGGAUAGACACAGAACAUCCUGUUCUGUUAAGGGUACCGAUGUGUAUUGGAUCAGCUGCCUGAUUUCUGCAAUGCUGUGAGAAGAACACACUCAUGAUAACACACAUACACCACACAAUCCUAUCUCAAAUACCACACCAACAUACAGACAAUAAAUAAAAUAAAUAGGCUGGAGAGCGAGGCUGACCUCCUAUGCAUGUGUGUUUACCGCAUCGUCUGAUUGGUGUGUCCGUGCCAAAGCUUCUCUUCAUACAGGACAUCACUCAUUUGUGUCCUUCCUGUGGAUGUAAUGCAACGACAAGCAAUUUUAACGGUCAGCUGCUGGACCAAGUAGAAAUGUCUGGACCAAUUAUUUCUACCCUCAUGUGUUUUGUGUUGUGUUCUUCACACUUUGUUUUCUUAGUCAUAUUCAAACUUUCAAUUUUGUGAGAGCUGUAAUAAUUUAUGUACUUAAGUUAUUGGUAAUUAAGAUUUUUUCUUUCUUUUUUUAAAGAUUCAGUGAUAUGAUAUUAGAGGUUAAAAAAAUGUUUUUUCUUUCACAACAAAUUAUCUAUACUUUAACCGAGAGUAUUUUUAGAUGAUGUUUUCAAAGAUUGCUGUUCAGUCUUUUACGUUUUUUAGAUGAUCUCUUUUAUUAGACAUCAGAAGAUGUCUCGACAGUACUUCACCAUGCCUAUAAUUCAAACUGCUGUGUUAAAGCACUGAAUCUAGUCAGUGUAGGAGCUAGACAAACCUUUUCUUAUUGUCAUUUUUUGUUUGUUUUCAUAGAAGCUGAUGCCUUGUUUGUUCUGUUGUUGUCAAUCAAAAAAGGAGGUUAAAAUGCUGUAAAGAAAAAAAAAUGCUGGAGGGUGACGUUUUGUCCAUGCUGUCGUAAAAAGUGAACGGGCCUCCUCAGAUUUGUGGAAAACAUUAAUUUGUGCAUGACCAAAUAUACUUUAUGUAUACAGAAAGCUUUUAGAAACCAAGCAAAAUUUGUAAACCAAAAGACAAGGGAGUUGCUUUCUGAAAUACAUUUCGGGUGUCCACAGUCAACUCAGUGGCCUUCAUUGGGGAAAAACAUAUGAUAUCAACUCUUCACGACACUAUUUAUAUUUGCAAACUUUAGCAUUUGGUGAAAAUAUGCAAUUUAUGAAAAACAGAAAUACUACUAGUCUUUAUUAUUAGUCGUAUAGUGAAUUUCUUAGGAAUCUGUAGGAAAGAUGAGCUUACAGUAUAAAUGUGCUGACAGAGUGUUUGUUUCACUGAGGAUUUUAAAAGUACCAUGCCAGCGGAAAUGUUUUUUUUUUGAUAUGUUAUUGUCAGAUGUUUCAUUGUGAAUUAAACAUGCUUGUUUGGUACUGUUCAA